AUGAAGCUCCUCACCUACGGAGCCAUCUUUGGUCUCCUCACUGCCCUCUACUACUUCUUAGAUGCACGUCUUGAGUCCUUUUACAUCUUUACACCGACUCAACUUCAUGAUCUCUCCCAGCGCGCCAUUGGUGCUCAUGGUAAUGACACCGCUCAGGUUGUGAAGUUCAUUGUGGAUGAAUUGAGUGAGAAGCACCCCGGUGGCUACAUCAAUUUGGAUCAGGAAUGGAUUUUCAAUAAUGCUGGCGGGGCUAUGGGUGCUAUGUAUAUUAUUCAUGCUAGUAUUACGGAAUAUUUGAUUAUCUUUGGAACAACAAUCGGUACUGAAGGACAUACCGGCCGUCAUACAGCCGAUGACUAUUUCCACAUCAUUCACGGAACUCAACUCGCCUAUACCCCUGGUGACUUCGAACCUGAAGUCUAUCCCCAAGGAAGUGUUCACCAUCUUCGUCGUGGUACUGUUAAGCAGUAUAAGAUGGAUGCGGCUUGUUUCGCUCUCGAGUAUGCUAGAGGUUGGAUCCCACCUAUGUUGGGUUUUGGAUUUGCCGAUGGUCUUACCAGUACUUUGGACUUCCCAACUUUGUGGAGAACAACUUGGGUCACUGGUAGAGAAAUGGUUUUGAACCUCGCCAGAUUCAAGCUGUGA